AUGCGACCUGUGGCGCGUUCCCAGCCCGCCGGGGCUCCCCUGAGACCGGGAACGCGCGUGGAAGCGCCAGAGCUGGAGGGAAAAGGCUAUAAAAUCCCUGUCAUUGAGAACUUGGGUGCCACGUUGGACCAGUUUGAUGCAAUUGAUUUCUCUGACAAUGAGAUCCGCAAGCUGGAUGGGUUCCCUCUGUUGAGAAGGCUGAAAACUCUCCUGAUGAAUAACAACAGGAUUUGCCGGAUUGGUGAAAACCUGGAGCAGGCCCUGCCCAGUCUGACAGAGCUGGUUCUUACCAACAACAACAUUGCUGAAUUGGGUGAACUGGAUCCGUUGGCAACUAUUAAAUCCCUGACUUACCUGAGCAUUUUGAGGAAUCCUGUAACAAAUAAGAAGCAUUACAGAUUAUAUGUCAUCCACAAAGUUCCCCAGGUCAGAGUGCUGGACUUUCAAAAAGUGAAACUCAAAGAGCGACAGGAGGCAGAGAAAAUGUUCAAGGGCAAACGGGGUGCACAGCUUGCAAAGGAUAUUGCCAGGAGAACAAAAACGUUCAAUCCCGGAGCAGGUCUGCCAACUGACAAGAAGAAAGCUGGGCCCUCCCCUGGGGAUGUGGAGGCAAUUAAGACUGCAAUAGCAAAUGCCACGACUCUGGCUGAAGUGGAGAGGCUGAAGGGGUUGCUGCAGGCUGGUCAGAUUCCUGGCAGAGAACGCAAAUCAGGCCCCUCGGAGGACGCUGAGGAAGAGAUGGAAGAAGACACGGUUCCCAACGGCUCCUGAGCCCCGCCCGGGCCGCGCU